AACAUUCAGCUUCACACUUAUAAAAAGCAGAAGCGGGAACGUAUGAAGUCGUCUCUUUGUUUGGGGUUAUACGUGAUAACACACUACAUGUAAACUCUCUGUUUGAAUGUCGUCUGAGUCUGAAGGAGCUUUGUGAAGUCUGACAUGAUGAGGGAAUUAAGUCCGUUUGAGACUUCAGCUUUAUAACCUGAGAUUGAGGACAGACGCAGGCAGAUCGGGGCAAUGCAUUAUGGGAAAUGAAUGAUCGAUUGUUUUUGGAGCUCGACCCAGUCGAGGGAAUCAGGAUGUUACGGCGUGGAUGGCGAGAGCGACUCGAUCAUGAGCUCGGCCUCGGAGAACUCGACGGAGCCGUGGUUCUGUGACGCCUGUAAGAAUGGCGUGACUCCCAGCUGCGAGCUGUGCCCCAACCAGGACGGCAUCUUCAAAGAGACGGACGCCGGGAGAUGGGUGCACGUCGUUUGUGCACUUUAUGUUCCCGGAGUAGCAUUUGGAGACAUCGAUAAACUACGACCGGUGACGCUCACGGAGAUGAAUUAUUCAAAAUACGGAGCCAAGGAGUGCAGCUUCUGUGAGGACGCUCGCUUCGCCAGGACCGGCGUGUGCAUCAGCUGCGACGCAGGAAUGUGUCGCUCCUAUUUCCACGUCACCUGUGCACAGAGGGAGGGGCUCCUGUCUGAGGCUGCUGCAGAGGAGGAUAUUGCUGAUCCAUUUUUUGCGUACUGCAAACAGCAUGCGGACCGCUUUGACAGGAAGUGGAAAAGGAAGAAUUAUCUGGCGCUGCAGUCGUACUGUAAGGUGUCUCUGCAGGAGAGAGAGAAGCAGCUGACUCCAGAGGCUCAGGCCCGGAUCACCACCCGUCUGCAGCAGUACAGGGCGAAAGCAGAGCUGUCGAGGAACACGCGGCCUCAGGCGUGGGUGCCCCGGGAGAAGCUGCCGCGACCUCUGACCUCUAGUGCCUCAGCCAUCAGGAAGCUGAUGAGGAAGGCGGAGCUGAUGGGCAUCAGCACCGACAUUUUCCCCGUCGACACGUCUGAUGCCAACGCCAGCUUGGACGGACGCAGGAAACACAAGCAGCCCGCCCUCACGGCAGACUUCGUCAACUACUACCUGGAGCGGAACAUGAGGAUGAUCCAGAUCCAGGACAACAUCUCUGAACAGAAGAACCUGAAAGACAAGCUGGAGAGCGAGCAAGAAAAACUGCACGUGGAGUACAACAAGCUCUGUGAGUCCCUGGAGGAGCUGCUGAAUGUGAAUGGAGAGCUGCGGAGUGAAGGCCAGGCCAUGUGGACUCUGCUGGGUGGCAUCCUGGGCCAGAAACUCAACACCCCAGCGGUUCUGAAAGCCCCAAAGGAGAGGAAGCCCAGCAAGAAGGAGGGAGGAACCCCAGGGAAGUCCUCCAGUCUGCCAGCGAUCCUCUACAGUUGUGGGAUCUGUAAGAAGAACCAGGACCAACAUCUGCUGGUACUGUGUGACACCUGCAAGCUCUACUAUCACCUGGGCUGCCUGGAGCCGCCGCUGACACGCAUGCCCAAGAAGACCAAGAACAGCUACUGGCAAUGCUCAGAGUGUGACCAGGCCAGCAGCGACGAGGCCGAUAUCGCCAUGGAGACGCUACCGGACGGCACCAAGCGGUCCCGGAGGCAGAUCAAAGGACCGAUCAAGUUCAUCCCACAGGAGAUGUCGCCAGAGCCCAAGAAACAUCAGAGAACCAGAGGGCAGAAGAGGAAGAGGGUUCCCCUCAGUGAAGACAGAGACGAUAAAGUCGAGGAACCACUGCCACGGGAACGCCGACAACGCCAGUCUGCAAUGCAGAAAAAACCCAAAGCUGACGACACGAGGACCGAGUGUACAACCUGCAGGGGACCGGGAGACAACGAGAACCUCGUGAGGUUGUGAGAGCCGGGCAGACACCUCCCCUCCCAUAAACACUCGGGCCCAGAUGACCGUUGGCUUAGAGACAGAGAGGCAAAUUGAAGCGUUUGAAGAAUGGCGCUCGAGUCAGGCUGAGGAGUGAGACCGUCACGCCGCCCGCAACCCCUUCUCAUCCAAACUGGACCGACAACAGUCCAACGAACUGAAUCCAAAACACGGAGUCGGGAUGUUUUGGUUAACGUUGGACUGCUUUUACACUACGAGUAACUUGGUUUGAUUGUUUUUGUCACCAGUUGUGGUUCAAGUUGCAUCUAUGCAAUCUAGAACUAAAACGUUAUGUAUUUAUACUAUUCAUGUAUUAAACCAUUUUGGCAAAUUCCCACCACACCUCUUUAUGUUUGACAAACAGAAGAAGAGACAGAAGUGUAUAGCCGCUGAAGUUCAUUUAUAAAUCAUUUCCUCUUUAAUGUGAUUUAUUUCCUUUUGAAAUGUUGGACAGUGAAAGAUCAGCUAUGCAGUGGAAAUCCCUUUGAUUUGACCGAAAGGCAGAUUCUCAGUUUUGUGAUGACAACAGUGACACUAAUGAACCAUGAAGACCACUGAAGACGCACCUUUUCAAAGAAGACGCCGCUUUCUAAAAAGCUGAAAUGCUCCUGGGAUCGUAAAGAUUUAGUUGAUUGUAAUAAGUUUGUCCAACGGCGACGAGCUUCGAUCGCUCACACGGCAGCUCGGAUCCUCCGCAGGAACUGAGUGGAAGAGCCUUAGCUUGACAACUAAACGUGCUGCUGAUUUGUGCAUCUUCUGACUUGAUACGCUGUCCAGAAUAAUUCCUCGAAUGACUUUCCAUUGGUCUGACCCUCCGUACAACUUCUCAUCACUGAUUGAAACACCCGGAUUUUCAUUUCAAAUGACAAACUUGAACCCAGACUGAGUGUUGUGUUGUGUUUUCUAAGUUUAAGAAGAGUCAGUGUUGUGUAUCAAGUGUAGCAGUCAAUGCUUUAAAGCAUCUGUAGUAGAAAGUAGUGGAUCGUGGUAAUAGCUCUUAGAUAUUAGUCUUUAGAAGUCUUCCUCUGUGACAGCUGAAGUGACACGUCCUCAGAAAGAAGCCCAGCGUUGUCUCCGUGUCCCCGGUGGCCCUUAGUCAAUGCUGUCAAAACAACAGCUGCCUGCCGCCCCGUCAGGGCCCCUGACACGUGUCACAUCGUGCCCUCGUGUGUCACUCCGCCGUACGGCCUGUGUGCACGCUGGCGGGAGCAGAGCGGCGGUGCUGCUGUUUCUCUGGACCGUGUGCAGAAACAGAGAGCUGGUGCAGAAGGACCUGGUGACCCCGGACCAGCCUGUCCCAUCUCUCUCUCACUGCAUGGCUGUAUUUACAUCUGUAAGUGAUGUAGGAUCUGAGUGCCGGGUAUCUGACGAUGUGUACAGUAUUUAUUGAAGAGGCCAAACAUACUUGUUGUGCCUCCAUACUUGAUGGAAUAUAAGUUUGUGUCGUGAACAGAACUCUGAUGUGUGACGUCGUCUGAAAGUUUUCUUUUAAUGGAGUGUUGGUCUGUGUUUACUUCCUGCUCCAAAGGGAAGGUUUCUCAUGUGUGUACUUGUAUUACUGUGAUACUUAUGAAGUCAGAACGUUGCUGCUGUCGUGUAUGUGUCUCGGCCUCUGGCCUACAGCUCUUCAACAUUAAGCGGAGCUUUAAUAAACUCUUGACUUUUUCACCUUA